GCACUCCGCGAUCUGCGCCUUCCCGGGUGACCUCGGCGACCUCCGGCGGCAGGCGGCGUCAGCCGGGCAUGGCGGCGUGGGGCCCGGCCGUGGCAACGCGUCUGCUCCGCGUUAUCCGCGGGCAGUUUCCUCUUGGCUGUGUCCGGCGCACAUUGGCCUCCCAGACCGAGGGGGAACUCAAAGUGACCCAGAUUCUCAAAGACAAGUUUCCUCGAGCUACAGUGAUCCAAGUCACAGACAUCUCUGGGGGUUGCGGGGCGAUGUAUGAGAUCAAAAUCGAGUCAGAAGAGUUCAAGGAGAAGAGAACCGUCCAGCAGCACCAGAUGGUGAAUCAGGCACUCAAAGACGAAAUCAAGGCAAUGCACGGCCUCCGGAUAUUCACCUCCGUCCCCCGAAGCUGACCACCCUGCCAUGUGCCUGUGCGCACCCUGCUGGUCCUACAAGAUCCUGUUCUUUCCCAGGGAUUUGCCACAGCAAGGAGUUUAUCUAUUUUGCUCAUAGAGGUUUCCAUAUUGUAACUCUAGAAGCUCUGUUGAGAGGUCAAAUAAAGGCUGCAACCACGGAA